AUGGUCUUUCUCGGCUUUAUUGCUGGACCAGUGUUUGACCAGGGCCACUUCAGUCAUCUCCUCAAGGGCGGCUCGAUAUUGAUCCUCGUGGGAACAAUCAUGCAAGGACUGUCCUUUGAGUACUGGCAUUUGCUUCUCUCCCAAGGCAUCUGCACGGGAAUUGGGAUGGGUCUUUUAGCCGUCCCAAGCGUCGCUGUGCCGUCGGUCUGGUUUACCAGCAAGUUGCCACUUGCGAAUGGCAUUGUUGUGAGCGCGAGUGGUUUCGGAGGAGUCGUCUAUCCGAUUAUGAUUCGCUCCUUGAUACCUACCAUUGGCUUCAAAUAUACCAGUCUCAGCGUGGCGCUGGUUAUCCUCAUCACGUUAGGUGUAUCGAACGUUGUGCUUCAGCAGCCUGCGAUGCCGCAAGCGAAACGUGCGUUCUUUGAUCGGUCUGCUCUGACGGACAUGCCGUACGUUCUGUUUGUUCUUGGCGCUAUGCUUGCAUUCCUGGGCCUAUACACAACUUUCUUUUACUUGGCUAGCUAUGCCGUUCAAGAAGGAAUUACCACGGAGAGCACAGCACUAUACUUCGUAUCCAUAUUGAAUGGAGCCUCAGUGUUUGGCCGGGUGCUUCCCAACAUACCUUGCCUUACGCUUCGUCUGGGACCAUUAAACAUGAUGGUGGCAUCUGUUACCUCGAUGGCAAUCAUUGUGCUCUCCUUCAACGCCGGCCCGAAUCUUGCAGGUCUCUUAGCCAUGAUCAUCCUGUACGGAUUCUUCACUGGAGCCUUCUUCACCCUGCAGCCGACCAUCUUUGCACGGCUCACUGAGGACCCCAGCCGUAUAAGCACAAGGACUGGGAUGGCGUCGACGAUUUGCAGCGUCGGGCUUUUGCUCGGUGCCCCAUCCGGUGGAGGACUGUGGAGGACAUAUGGUUUUUCUGCUAGCUGGGUUUGGAGUGGCGCCACUCUAGCUUCUGCUGCUUUGGUUAUGGCCGUCAGUAGAUGCAUGGUAAGCAAGUGGCGAUUGCGAUCAAGUGUUUGA